AUGGGCCUCGCGCUUCGGCUCCUGUUUCUGGCUCCCUUUGCCUGCGGGACGCUCCGGGAGCCGUGGUGGAAGGAAAAGGGGCGGGAGGUGGCGUGCCUGGACGUCUCGACGUGCGCGCGGGGCGCGGCGAACAAGGUCGCGAUCGCGUCGGUCUUCGACGCGCACGUCGCGAUCGAGUCGACGUGCGGCGCUACCGACCGGACGCGCUGCGACAACGGGACCACCGUGGGGCACCGCCUCAAGAUCGCCGCCCUCGGGCGGCGCGCGGGCGUCGACGUCAUCCUCGUCGUGCCGCGCCGCGACCUCCAGCGCGAGCCCAUCGAAGCCGGCGUCGCGCGGCGCCUCGCGGAGGGCGGCGUGAUCGUGCGCCACGCGGACUGGGUCGCGCCGCCAAAUCUCAGCCCCGGCGUCCCCCUGGAGAGCGGCGGGUGCUGCGGCGCCCGCGAGUUCAUGAAGCUCCACGCCUUCGGCUUCGCCGACUACGACGCCGUCGCCGUCGUCGACAACGACUUCGACGUCGACGACGUCGAAAGCCUCCGGCCCAUCUUCGACUGCGCGGCGGCGGGCCACGUGAUCACGACGCGGAGCGCCCACAGCGCGAUGAACGGCGCCUUCACCGGCUUCAUCUACUGGUUCUUCUACCAGAACUUCAACUACCCGCGCUGGACGCCCGUCCAGGUCGACCCCUGCGUCUGGAACGUCCAGGGCCACCUCGCGCAGAUGUGCAAAGCCGAGAUCUGCGCCUCCACCUCCGCGCGCCUCGCUUUGGACUGCGACAAGGGGGGCGCCAAGGCGGCGCCGACGAUGCUCUACUGGCUCCACAUUCCUAAGUGCGGCUCGACCUUCGCGAACACCGUCGUCCACGCGCUCUGCGACGGCGUGCCCGCGAACGCGUCCGAGGCCAAUUUCCUGGGCAAGACGCCGGAUUUCAUCAAGGGCCGCAGCUGCCCGCGCCUCGCGGUGCCCGUGCGCGCCGGCUGGGGCCGCCACGACGACCUCUCGGCGUGGCUGCUCGCCGAGGUCGGCGGCGCGGACCGCGUCGUCGCGCUUCUGCGCGAGCCGCAAGCGCGCGCUGAGGCCGCGUGGAACCACGUGAACAUCCACGGCGACCGCAACCCCAAGGGCCCGCCGGCGGACAACGCGCGCCAGUUCGCCGAGGCCACGGCCGGGUGCAUGGCGCGCACGCUCGCGGGGCGGGGCACGUGCUCGAAGGCCGGGCGCGGCGACGAGAAGACGCGCGACGCCGCGAUCGCGCGGCUCCGGGACCUCGCGUUCGUCGGCGUCGUCGAGCGCUGGGCCGAGUCCAUCUGCCUCUUCCAUCUCCAGUUCGGCGCGCCCUGCCUCGCCGUGGAGUUCGAGCACCUCCGGUCCCAGCCGCACAACCGCACGGUGCCGCGCGCGGCGCGCAACGUCGACGACGACGUCUACGCCGAGGCGCGCCGCCUCUUCGCCGCGGCUCUGGACCGCCCGAGCGCUAUUUGUAUUGAGUGUGGGUCCAACGGCGACUACUACGCCAGCUGCCACGGCAACUCCUCCGGCUCCUACUGCGCCUACGACUACGGCUCCUACGGCAUCUCCUCCGUGUCCUACGGCGCAGCCCCUGGCGGCCGCGGCGCGGCCCGCGACGGCGACUCCAACGGCGACUCAUACGGCCCCGCUGGCGACUCCUACGACGUACUGCGGGCGACGGCCAAGCAGAUGCUGCGGUCGGGCAAGCUCCUCUACAAGAAGCACGUGAAGCGGUCCAAGCGCGAGGAGAACGCGCGGCGCCGCAUGAAGCAGAGCGGCUUGUCGCCCAAGGACGCGACGGCCCACGAGAUCAAGACGCUCGUCGCGUUCAUGGACGACGCCGUCGACUCCAAGGACGUGUCCGAGGCGGCGAAGAAGUCCCUGGGCCGCGGCAAGAAGCAGCGGAUGGAGAAGCUCUUUUCGCUCGCCCGCCGCCUCUACGCGGGCAGGCUGUGGAAGAAGAUCGAGACCGACGUGCUGAAGCGGCGAGCUCUCAACGCGCGCAAGGGCGCCAAGCUCGUCGACGACAGCAAGCUCAACUACUCGGCCUUCACGGCGAUGCGCAAGGAGCUCGGCGAGCACGGCACGAAGGAGAAGCGGGUCACGGGCCAGACGGUGAUCCCGUCGGCGUCGAGCGUGCAGCGCGUCAACGCGGACCUCGACGCCUACGUCGCCCAGAAGGGCCUCAUGUGCGCGGGCGAGGGCGAGAUGUGGCACGCCGACCACGGCAAGAUCAUGCCCAGCACCUUCGACAUCUACGGCUACCAGGCCGCGUACGACGCGUCCCCCAACUCCGGCGCGUGGCGACGGCCUGGCUCAGACCCGGACGCGCCGAUCCCCAUGAUGAUCGGCUGCGCCGCCGACGAGCUGCCGUGCGAAACUGGCGUCGGCGGGACCGGUCUGAUGGCCAUGGCGAUCCACCACUGCGAUCCACGCCUGAGCAAAAACGUCCGCGAGUCGCCGCAGAUGGACGAGCACGUCCAGCCCGUCGUGCUCUACCCCACGAAGCAGAGGAAGCGCAAGCUCGACGAGAAGGCCCGCGCCGCGACGGCCUACGCCACGGCGUGCUCCGAGGGCGUCGACGACGACGCGUCCGACGACGACGACGCGGCGGAGCACGACGACGACUUCGAGGGCAUGUACCAGGCCGAGCCCAACGAGGAGGGCGACGCCUGCACGGUCCUGGCGGCGGGCAAGCUCAAGACCAAGCGCGACGAGGUCGGCAAGAACCUGGGGCCCAUGGUCGAGACGCUGCUCGCGGAAGAGGAGCGGCGGAAGGACUCGAGCAUGCCCAUCUGCUGCUGCUUCACGCUGGACAAGGUGGGCCAGUACGAGUUCGGCCCGUUCCGCUGCGCGACGGUGGGCUACCAUCUCUGCAACUUCUGCCCCUGCGCGCGGUCCAUGGCCGGCCACGGGCAGCCCGGCGGCUGCCGACGGUGUCGCGAGGCCGGAACCGAGGCGACCUGCACGCACUGGGACAUGGCGACGCCCGCGACGAAGCAGUACUUCGAGGACCGCGAGAAGGCCUUGGCGGAGCGCGUGGGCACGUUGCCGGACCAGGUCUUGCCGUCACCUACUUUGGGUUUCCUGAACUUUUGA